AUGGGUAAAGAUGAAGAACAUCUAACUAGAGUACUUGAUAGUUUUGGUUUUGACCCGGUGAUAGGGAUUAGUGUUCUUAUUGAAAAAUCUCUUAUAACCGUUUCAAAUAAAAGCCUAGACAUGCAUGAUCUCAUACAGGAAAUGGGUUUCUAUAUAGUUCGCGAGAGUUUGCCAAAAAGCAGGCUAUGGGAACUUCAACAAAUCCAUGAAUGCAUCAAGGGAAACAAGAAUCCACAAGCAAUUGAAGCCAUAAAGUUGAUGGACAAUGAAUACCAUGUUGAUGACUUACAUGCAAACUUAGGUCUAAGUGCGGAUGUUUUUGCACGCAUGAUAAAUCUUCGGUUACUCUAUAUUGACCGGAAAUUCACUUCUACCCAACCUACAUUUCUCCCUGACGAGCUGUGA